GUAUGGAUUCCUGCAGUGACAAAAGCUUCAAAUCAAGAUUUAGCAAUGUUGUUAAACUGACUAAGAGUAAUGUUUUGAACACGGAAUGAUGGUGUGAUUUGUGACGUGUAAUUUUCAAUAUUUCACGGGAAUUUUUUUGCAUUGGUAAAACAGCCGUGUAGAAAUAACUAAAAUUAUUCAGCCAAUAUUGCAAAUAUAGAUAACACAGCUCAGCUGAAUCGCAUUGUGGUCAAUGCAACCUCGUGUGGUGGUUUGCACUGAUAGGUAGUGGGUGUUGUGAACCAUAUAUUUUGCCCAUGUGGGUGACGUUCAAUCAAUAUUUGUUUCCUCCCAUAAUCUAUUGACUUCUGACGUUGCCUUGAAGGUGGAAAAUGUUCUUGUAGGUCCUCACCUAUCUUCACGAACCCGCACCGUCGUGGCAAAAGUAUGAUUGUUUAACCCGUCCUGCAUGGGGAUGAUCUCAUACCCGCAGUGCGAUGCUACAGAGCUGCACAUGGACGAGUUUAACACGCCACACACGGCAAUUCGCGUAAUAUUCGGUUGGCAUUGUGGACAAAUGGACCCGUUCCUGGGAUAUUAAAGGUGGAAUUUUUAAAAAAUUCAGAGUCUAUGUGCAUUUAAAUCUGUCAGUAGUGGAGAGUGUAAUGUUAAGUGUGUUGUUAUUUUGAUGAACAGCAUAAUGUCUGUUAAGUUGGGGGUGUUUUUUCUCUCAUAAAUUACAGAUUUGAGAAAUAAUUGAAUUUAACAAAAAUCGUGAAUAUCGCACAUGCAAUUUGAUGGAGGCAAUGGAAAAUAGCAACAAGACUUUUAUUUUACUCGGAACAUUCGAAACCUCCUACGGCGUACGGGCGCUCGCUGUCAGCCUGCUGCUGCUGACGUUCGUCGUCACCGUCACCGCCAACCUGCUGGUGAUGGUGAUUGUGGCAGUCUCCACAGACCUGCACAAGCCCAUGUACGCCUUCGUGUGUAACCUGGUGGUGGCUGACCUCAUUGGCUGCUCGGUGAGUUUGCCCCAACAGCUUCACAUCCUCCUGACGGGCGACAACCGGAUCCCGCGCUCGUCCUGCACCGCGCAGAUGUUUUGGAUCAACGUGUUCAUUUGCAUGGAGUGUCUCACGCUGGCCAUCAUGUCCUUUGAUCGCUACGUGGCGAUUUGCCACCCGCUGCACUACCACGCCAUCGUGACCGGUAAACGGACGCUGCUCGCUAUUUUGACCGCGUGGGGCCUCGUGACGGCCGCCCUCGCGCCGCUCACGAUCCUCGUCACGUCGCUGACGCUGAAAGGCGACGGCAGACAGAUGCCGGGCAUUUUCUGCGAUUACUCGGGGUUCGUUCGUCUGUCCGUCGGUGACACGCGCGUCUACGAGACAUACAUCUUGGCCGUCGUGGUGACCCUCUACGCGUUACCGCUGUGCGUAAUCGGACACACGUACGCUAGGAUUAUCAUCGAAUGCAAGAGGACACGGUCGAGUGACUUCAAGCACAAGGCCGUCCAUACCUUGCUCACCCACUUCUUUUUGCUCUCGGUUUUCUUCGGCUCGCUGUUAAUCGCAGUGCUGGUGCCGCGACUCGUCAGGGAUUCUCAAAGCGUUCAGGCGAGAAACAUUCGCUGCGUUGCCGAGUUUGUCAGCUUCAUCCUGCCGAUCGCGAAUGUCAGUAUCUACUUCUUCAGAACCAAAGAGCUAAGAAAAGUGGCCAAGAGCCGCUUGAAGAAGAUGAUUCCCAAAGCGUUUAGCAAUCUGCGGCUUCGCAAGGUGUGGGCGACAGUGAACUAGACAUUUGUACGUGUUGUUAUAAGGCACACAAAAAUAAUAAACAUGAACGUGGUUGGAUAUACUGUGUCAUGCACAUAUUAGGAGGUUUUGUAGGGAACCUUAAAAAACAAUAAACAACUAGAAAUCGGACACCCGAAGCUUUAGUUUUAAACAGCGUACAGCGCAAUACUGCUGUUCGCUGCUGCGUCUGCACGCUGCACAGAGACAUCAAUGGGCUGUGCAGCGCCCAGUUGAGCCCUGCACUGCAUCGCGACUCCUGCAGUGUUGGAUUGUUCGUGCACUCGUUUCUCAUCCGCUUGUCCUGGUCAGGGUCGCGGCGGAAGGGUGUUGAGUAGUCGCGGUUCAGGUGUCCCAUUCCCUAGCAACAGACUCCAGCACUACUACACUAUACACUACUAUACAGUACUAUACACUACUA